AUGGUGACACUAGUGGUAGGUGCCGAGUGCUAUGACAUAAUGGCCAUGGUGGGGAAGGGGACUUUUGGACAGGUGAUCCAGGGGCAGUCCAGGAGCACUGGGGAGAUGGUGGCCAUCAAGAUCCUGAAGAACUGUGAUCAUGAUGGCCAAAUAGUGAAGAAUGAACUGAGGCUGAUGCAGGCUUUGCGAGAGGCGAACACAAAGGACUCUCACAUAAUUCAUUUCCUCGAGUCCUUCAGUGACACAGUUUGGACCUACCUGGUCUUUGAGCUGCUGCAGCAAAACCUCUUUGACUUCCAAAAGCAGAACAACUUCUCACCUCUGCCAGUCCGACACAUCCGUACCAUCACAGCACAGGUGCUGGUGGCAUUGGUCAAGCUGAAGGAGCUCUCCAUCAUCCAUGCUGACCUUAAGCCAGAGAACAUCAUGCUGGUGGACCAUGCACGCUAUCCAUUCCGCAUCAAGCUUGUUGACUUUGGCUCAGCUAUCCUCCUCCCUGAGGUCUGCCAUGUCCAGGAGCCCUACAUCCAAACCCGCUUCUACCGGGCACCAGAGAUAUUGCUGGGAUUGCCCUUCUGCGAGAAGGUGGACAUCUGGUCUUUGGGCUGCGUGAUGGCCGAGCUUCACUUGGGUUGGCCACUCUACCCUGGCAAUGACGACUACGACCAGGUAUGCUACAUCUGCUCCACCUUGGGGCUACCCCGGGGUGAGCUGCUCUGCGCUGCCCAGAAGACACAGUCCUUCUUCCAACGUGUGCCAUGUUCCACUGGUACCUGGCAGCUCAAACCACCAGGGAAGGUGAUAGCAAAGCCAAUGGAGAGGAGGGAGCAUAUCUUUUCCUCACUGGAUCAGUUGGCGGUGGUGAAUGUCUGCCCGAUGCCUGAUCCUGAUCAGGAGGAGCUAGCUAAGCAUUGUGAUCUGUACAGGAUGGUGGAGCUGGUCAAGAGGAUGCUCACUUGGGACUCACAUGAGCGAAUCACACCCAGUGCUGCCCUUCAUCAUCCCUUCAUCUCCAUGCAGGAGGUGAAGGCCAGCUUUGAGGCUACCCAGUACUACCAGCUCAGCCAGGAAGACCUGCGGGCUUCCUGUAAGGAUUCCAGCAUAGCCGAGAUCUUCCCAGGCAGAGAGAAAGGUACCUUCAUCCCUGUCAGCCAGGGAGGCAUCCAGAAGGCCACUGUUCAGAUGGAUGGGCUCAGCCUAGCUGAGCCAGCUGGGGACACCGGUGACAAGUGUCAGCAGGACAUCUGUCAAGCCCCCAGUCUCGUCUACUGUGGAAGCCAGCACUGUCAGCACCACUGGUGUCUCCAGAUGGAGCCCACCAAGGGUCACUUGGCUGUGCCACGGUCUCCCAGCAAAAUGAAACGAGAGCUCUGGUGA